CCCGGCUAGAGGGAGCCGAUCUCCGUGUACAGGUAAUGACAAAGCGCACUAAAAAGUUCUGGAAGAAACAGUUAGCGGUUAACCUGAGGACAUUGCGCCUUUCUGCCAAGUUGUGUGCUGGAGCAGAACCUCCCAGGAAUCAAAACUUUGUUUCGUUUGUGUCCCUUUUGCGUUGUUUUCGGUUUGUUCACCUUUUGGGCGUCUUCGCGGGAGGUGACCCCAGGUACGACACUUACUUUGCUCGCUCGACGCCUUGUGUCGAUUUACUACACGAACCAGCUCGAAUUUACUAGAAAAGACAAGCAUCCUGGCCCGUGCAGCUGAUGGCAUGCCGCCCUACAGUCCAUCAGAGAGAGGGCGAGUCUGAAUGGCGCCCUAGUCCCACCCCUCUUCUCCCUGUAUGAAAGGCCUCGCCCUCUAUAUUCCAAGCCUGCUGACCUCUGCACCAUGGAUAUACUGUCUGACGACACGGAAGGCUGCUACUUCAACCGCACCGUCAAGUUCUUCUACGAGAAGAGCAACAAGAACAUCAGCGAUCACUGGCGUCGCCGCGACUAUGUGGUUGUCACGCUGGGCAUGACGGUCUGCUUCAUUGUCAUCUUCUCCAAUCUUCUGGUCAUUGGAGCCAUUUUAAAAAAUAGACGCUUCCACUUUCCCAUCUACUACCUUUUGGGUAAUCUGGCCUUGGCAGACCUCUUCUCAGGUGUCUCCUACCUCCACUUGAUGUUCCACACGGGUCCAUGGACCAUCAAGCUGUCCAAGCACCAGUGGUUUGUGCGUCAGGCUCUCAUCGACACCAGCCUGACCGCCUCCGUCCUCAACCUCCUGGCCGUGGCGGUGGAGCGCCACCAGACCAUCUUUCAGAUGCAGCUCCACAGCAAGAUGAGCACGCGGCGUGUCUUUGUCAUCAUGCUGUUCAUCUGGCUGAUUGCCAUCAUAAUGGGUCUAGUGCCCACCAUGGGCUGGCACUGUCUUUGCGACCUGGAGAACUGCUCCACCAUGGCGCCGCUCUAUAGCCGCAGCUACCUGGUCUUCUGGGCGCUCCUCAACCUGCUCACCUUCUCCAUCAUGGUGGCCGUCUACACCCGCAUUUUUUUGUACGUGCGGCACAAGAGCAAGCAGAUGUCACAGCACACCACGCAGAUGAGACACCGGGAGACGGUGUUGAACCUGAUGAAGACCGUCUCCAUGAUCUUAGGCUGGUUUGUGAUCUGCUGGACACCCGGCCUGGUGGUGCUGCUGCUCGACGGGCUGGGCUGCGACGAGUGCAAAGUGCUACGCUACGAGAAGUACUGCCUGGUGCUGGCUGAGUGCAACUCCCUGGUCAACCCCAUCAUCUACUCCUUCAGGGACAAGGACAUGAGGAGGACCUUCAGGGAGAUCCUGUGCUGCCUGUGCCGGCGCGGCAGCAACCACGAGAGCACGUCCGGGGUUAACUUUAACACCCUGGAACAUGAGAACUCAAAGUCUCGUGACGUGGAGCUGAUGGAGAAGAGCAAUGGGACGCUGCUCAUCAGUAAAGACUUGAAGGACAGGACGCUGUCUUCAGAGAGUUGGAAUUAACACUCACACACUCACACACACACACACACACACACACACGCCUCAAAGACUCACUCAAUCACUCUUGAAAGUGACAGGAGGGGCGUGGCCUCAAAGGUCAAGAAAGGGGCGGGUCUGGACCUUAUUUCCCGUUUUACGACCUCACCCAAAUAUUUACAGAUACAAGAAUUUGUUGUUGUUGUACUCCAUCAAGAUUAUACACACAUCUUUGCAUCAUCUAUUAAGAACAAAAACACACAACUAUUAUUAUUAAACUGAUUUUUUUUUUGCAAUCUACCUUCUGAAAAGUGCUUCAUAUUAUUAUUAUUAUUAUUAUUUAUAAGGCUUUUUUCCCGACGUGUUUUUCCUCUGUAGGAAGUGGUACCUCAUCAACAUUGGGCUUCAUUUGCAGUGCCAGUUGGGAAGAAGUAGGUGAAUCUUUUCAGAUUUGGUUAGUUUUAUAAAGUUUGGACAGUGACAGUGAAACUUCAGUUGUACUAACUAGAGAUUUUUUUUUUGCUAUGUUUCCACUUCAUGCUAUACACAAUCAUGCCUUUUUUUAAAAUUUCAUUAUAAAAUAAGUCACUUUUGUGGAAAAAGACAGGACAAUAAAUUAUGUCUCUGCAAAAAAGGAAAACAAGGGAAAAUUUUAAUUUCUGCAAAAAAAUCCUGGAGGGAAAAAAAUAUGUGUGUUAAAGUUGGGAAAGUUACAUUUGGGCAGAAAACGUGGGAAAAAAAAUUGUGUUAAACGGUUAGAAAGGAACAUUUAUUUUUAUAUCAGUAAGAUAUCAGGGGAAAAAAAUGGAAAAAUGUGUAAACGUCAAGGAAAGGAAGUCAAAUUGAAAAUUCCAUUUGAGCAAAAAGUAUCCAUGCAUCCUUUUUCCAUGCCGCUUAACCUCAUAAGGGGUGUCUUUGGGGGAGGGGCGGGGUACACCCUGGACCGGUGUGUUGAUCUGCAUUAUAUAAGACUGACUUUUGGAACACUGAGACAAAGACGAUGGCAGCGUGUCAUGGUUGCAUCAUUCAAAAUGACACCAACUUUAUGCGUCAUUUGAUGUCACAUGAUUUGUAAAGUUCAUUUCUUGGAGGUUUUAAUAAGUUCUCUUUUGUCUUCUCUGUUGAACCUCCGCUUGGUUUUUCCUUAUCCUUUCUGCUUCCUUCCUCCCAUCCCGCGUCGUCUCCUUCCUUGCACGCCCGUGGGAGAAUUUUUUCAGCCAUAUCGGCACCGACGUCCUUUUGUUAUGUGCGCAUCUGACCUUACGCCCUUUGGGAUUUAUAAGCGGCUUCAACAUCCUUUUGCGCCUCCUCAGGCGUAGGGCCCUCCUCAGUGGGGCCAGCGCUCUCCUCACAGGUGAUCUCCUCUGCCGGAAGAAUAACCUCUUAGAGGACGAGCCGCCCAUCACUGAAGGACCUGCUGCGGUGAGACACAUGUUGGGUUAGGGGUGUCCUAAUUUUUUCCACAGGGGUCACUUUCAUAUUUUGUAAAGAUGUUUAUAUAGCUCAAGAAAAUGCACCUUAACUUUGUGGUAGAUGCAAAAAAGCACAUUAUUAGUAUGAAUAGAUCAACUUUAUUCUUCAAUCAUUUUUGGAAAUGUUUUUCUUGUUAUUAUAAAAUUAUUCCCAUAAUAUUGUAGCAUUUUCUCCAACCUAAAUUUCCCAAAAUUUCUUAUCUUUAAAAUUUUUUUUUUUUACUCCAUAUUACUAAAAUGACAUUAUUUUCCUCUCUUA